AUGGCUCUCCGUCUCGUCUCUCGGCCCUUUCACGUCGUCGUGCUGCUCCUCGCCGCCGCUGCGUCACUCACGCUCACGGCACGCCCUGCAGACGCGGCCGCCAAGGCCGGGUCAAUUUCCGUCGGCGGGUACACGGUUUUUCUUUCCAAUGGAACCGUUGUGGAUUCCACUGGAACCGUUGUGACUCCCACCAAGAACGCGGAUGGGUCUGGAACUGUCGGAGGCUACACAAUUUACCCUAACGGCACUAUGACUGGUCCCGACGGCGGCGUGAUCUAUUCUAUACUUCCGGACGGCGGCAAAAUUGUUGGCGGCACCGUUUUCAACAAAGAUAAGACCGUCACAGAUGUCAGUGGGAAUCCGGUUAAACCUGUUGUUAACGCGGACGGCUCGGUGACUUUUGGAGACGUAACUGCAUGGGAUAAUAAAACUGUGAUCUCUGCAUCCACGGGCCUGAUAUACCAGCCUACUGAUAUCAUCUCUGCUACCGGAUCAAGCGGAUCGACAACUACUGCACCUCCCAGUGGGAGCGGUUCAACCAGCACUUCGCCUCCGAGUGGAUCCGGCUCUAAUUCCACGACCAAUGGCAAAGCUGCUUCCGCCUCUUCGAUCAAGCUUGGCUACGUUGCCACUGCCGUCACCAUGGCUGCUGGCUUUGCUUGGCUGCUUGCAUGA